AUGGCACCCUCAAGAACGAAUCCCUACCCAUCAUAUCUCACCUCAGAACAACUCGAAAUAUGGUACACAAAUGGCUACCUCCUCCUACCAGAUGCUCUAUCGCCAGAGGAGGUUGAGUCUCUGCUCAGCGAAUCCUACCGUCUGCUAAAUGACUUCUCUUUGGACGACCACCCCAUGACCCGCUUCUCGACUGGCGAAAACAGCUCACACGUAGGAGAUGACUACUUCCUAACCUCGGGUGACAAAGUACGAUUCUUUUUCGAAGAAGACGCCUUUGAUAACGAUGGAAAGCUCCUGAAGCCCAAGAAUCUUGCCAUCAACAAGAUAGGCCACUACUUACACCACCUGAACCCACAAUUCAGCCGCGCAAGCAUAAACGAGAAGAAUAAACGGAUAGCGGGAGAUCUUGGAUUCAGGGAUCCGAGGGUACUGCAGAGUAUGGUCAUCUGUAAACAGCCUGAGAUCGGAGGCCGUGUGCCUCCACAUCAGGAUAGUGUGUUCUUGUAUACCAACCCUCCUAGUGCAGUGGGUUUCUGGUAUGCGCUAGAAGACUGCACAGUCUCCAACGGCUGCCUCUCCUUUGCCUCUGGCUCUCACAAACGCGCGCCAAUACGCGAUCGCUUCGUACGGAGUCCAGACGACACGGGGACGGUAUUCAAGCAUAAUGAGGGAGCGCAAUGGCCAGAGGGAUUGGAGGAGGAUACGGAGGUGAAGAAGGAGGUCUAUGAGUUGGGGGAGGUGAAGGCGGGGACACUGGUGCUGAUUCAUGGGAAUUUGUUGCAUAAGAGUGAGAAAAAUACGUCGAGCAAGGGGAGGAUGAUAUACACUUUUCAUAUGAUUGAGGGCGAGCAUGAAUUUCCCCAGGAUAACUGGCUGAGGAUGCCUGGUGGGCCGGAGGAGUUCACGAGGCUCAACGAUGCUGUGUGA